UUGGGGAAUCCCACAAUACUCUAUUAUUUGGCAAAGAUGUUCAAUUCCAUACACAUUGUUAUCUUUGGAAUAAUAUGUUACCUACCUACUGUCCAAGGCUUGCGUUGUCUGAAAUGUUCCUCCAUAACCGAGCCCCGUCUAUGUACCGACCUGGAAACGUGCCAGUCGGGGGAGAUAUGUGGGGUACGACAGCUGAUGUCGGACAAUGGUGACACUUCAUACUGGACGGGUUGUGUCCCACAAGCGGGCUGUGUUUCCGUGGAUACCUCGGGGCACUUCAUUGGUAAGAGAACCAGCUAUUAUGACAAAGAAGUCAUUUGUCAGCACUGUUGCUCCAGCGACCUUUGCAAUUCUCAAGGAUGCGGGGCACUCG